ACCAAGGGAAAACCACAGCAAGCCAGCCAAGGAAUUUCUAGUUUCCGAAGGGAUUUUUGGUCUCGCAGAAUCCAAAACACUAUGCAAAUGAGACGGAAACGUUAAGCCUGAUAGAUACAGUGAUCAAACGUCAUGUAGAUCUAAAACGGAAGGAGCUGAAACUACAGCCAACUCAAAAAGCGCUGCUCAUCUGGGAUGUGUUCAAAGGCCAGAAAACCGACAAGGUUUUGUCAAAGUUAGCAUCACUGAAUAUCGAGGUUGUUUCAGUCCCUGCCAACAUCGCGCAUUUCUUUCAGCCUCUUGAUCUGACUGUAAAUGGAGAGGCAAAGCGCUUCAUGAAAGACCAGUUCACUAUGUGGUAUUCAGCAGAAAUACAAAAGCCAAUGGAAGCAACAGAGAAUGAUGAUGACAUCGAAGUUGAUCUGAGAUUAUCUGUUUUGAAGCCCUUGCAUGCCUCUUGGCUUGUCAGCCUGUAUAACCAUUUGAGA